AUGGCGUCUUCGACUAAUCAACCACUCCCACAAGCGGUAUCAACACCGCAUUCCGCGCCGACGGACGUCGAGAAGGAAGCAAUUGUCGAAGACAAUAGCACAGGCAUCAAGAAAACUAUCGAUGAGAAACUUUUGAAACAUUCACACGAUGCAGACGCAGCGAUGAAGGCGUACGAGGGCAUGGAGGGUCAGGUUGUGGAGUUGACGGAGGAGAAGAGUAAGGCGCUAUUGAGGAAGAUUGAUAUGCAUAUGAUGCCGAUCAUGUGUAUUGUAUAUGGCUUGAACUACCUCGACAAGACUACACUAAGUUACGCAAGUAUCAUGGGCCUGCGUCUCCCUCCCUCGGACAACAAACUAGCAUCUGGUAUUGGUCUAGUUGGAGAUCAGUACUCGUGGUUGGGUAGCAUGUUUUACUUUGGGUAUAUCGCUUGGGAAUAUCCUACUACGCGUUUACUUCAAGUUCUGCCGUUGGGCAAAUACUCUGCGUUCAACAUUAUCAUGUGGGGCCUUGUGCUAUCCUGCUUCGCAGCAGUCGAAAACUAUGCCGGAGCGAUCGCCAUCAGGUUUUUCCUCGGCGUCUUCGAAUCAGCAGUAACACCUGGCUUCGCCCUCUUCACGUCGCAAUGGUACACCAAGAAAGAACAAGGUUCACGCACAGGUAUUUGGUUCAGUUUUAACGGCUUUGCGCAGAUAUUCGGUGGAUGCGUAGCUUAUGGCAUCGCUGUAGGCUGUCGCAAGUCGGGUACUACUAUGGAGCCAUGGAAGAUUAUCUUCCUAGUUACUGGGCUACUUACUGCAUGCUUGGGAAUUUUGUUUCUGUGGAUAGUACCCGACAAUCAGUUGAAUUGUAGGUGGCUGAGUAAGGAGGAUCGAAUCUUGGCAAUUGAACGCAUUAGGGUCAACGCACAGGGUGUGGGUAACAAACACUUCAAGUGGUACCAACUGAAAGAGGCGCUACUUGAUCCGUUGAGUUGGGCGUUUUUCUUCUACGCGCUGAUUGCCGAUAUACCUAACGGCGGCUUAUCAAACUUCUUCUCCCAACUCAUCGUCGGUUUCGGCUACACACCAGAACAAUCCCUUCUCUACGGCACACCGGGCGGCGCAGUCGAAGUCGUCUUCCUCAUCGCCUGCGGCUGGGCAGGUGACAAAUAUGGCUACCGUAUCCUCAUAUCCAUGAUCGGUCUCUGCACUGCUAUGUUAGGCAUGAUUCUCAUCGUCGCACUUCCGCUAUCCAGCAACUCUGGCCGUCUCGCUGGCUACUACUUGACGCAAGCCAGUCCUACGCCAUUCGUCGCCUUGCUCAGUCUCAUUUCGAGUAACGUGGCGGGGUAUACUAAGAAGACGACUGUAGCGGCUAUGUAUCUGAUUGGUUAUUGUGUUGGGAACAUCAUCGGUCCACAAACAUUCCGCCCUCAGGACGCGCCUCGUUUCGUGUCCGCGGAGAUCACCAUUAUCGUCUGUUGGGGCGUUUGUCUGGGUAUCCUGGCGUUCAUCCACUUCUAUUGCGUUUGGCAGAACAAGAAGAAGGCGCAGAUUCGUGCGGCGCCUGAAUACGUGAAGCUUGAUAACCAAGAGUGGCUUGACCUUACGGACAGAGAGAACCCAGAGUUUAUUUACACGUUGUAG